CCAAAUUCCACCAAUACUAAACCCUUACUGUUUGGUCAUCAGAAGUAGAUUUUUUUAGUGUUGGAGCAGUUCAUUUACUGUGGUUUGGUUCAACCAAACCAAUUUCUGGGAUAAUUAUACUCAUUUUCUUUUAAUCAUGUCUUAAUCUACCGUUGUGUGCUAACCUUUACCUCUGAAUUGAUCUAUAUCACAGAACAAGGACAGGCCAAAGCCAUCAAUUGUGGGGGUUUUGAUAGGAGCCCACUACCAAUGAGCACAAACAAGAAAGGCAAUUUCUGAGUAAUUAGUCAGAACAUUUGGAAAAAUCUUUCUGCAGAAAGACAUAGAAUUAAGAAAUGGAAAGUGGUUAUUUUUCAGCUUGGAAGAGUAACACCGAUUCUUUGCAUGGCUUGUUGAAUGUGGAAGAAGCCGAAGAGCUGAAAAUGGCGGCACCAUUGCCUGCGAUCCCCCAGCCACAAACCCCACAGGAGCCUAUGGAAUUCUUGUCCAGAUCAUGGAGUCUUUCAGCUUCCGAAAUUUCAAAGGCUCUUGCUCAAAAGCAAAAACAAUUUUCCGUCGAAAAAAGUCCCGAAACAUUCCCAGAAGCAACUGUUGUGCCACAGCUAGCAAGCAAGAUCAUAAAAUCUGUCAACAAUCGGAGAACGGGGUCUGUCGGAAAAUGGUUCCACCAUACGGAGUUGAGUAGUAGUGCAGUGAAGAAGAAAGACAAGGAACGGGUAGAAAGGGCGCGAGUGCAUUCUGCAGUCUCCAUUGCAGGUGUUGCUGCAGCCUUGGCUGCUGUAACAGCAGCAGAGAACUCGAAUGGUUCUGGCUCGAAAACCACCAUGGCUUUGGCUUUGGCUACAGAGUUGCUGGCAUCACAUUGCAUCGAAAUGGCUGAGUCAGCUGGCGCUGAUCAUGAUCGUGUGGCAUCUGCUGUCAGAUCAGCGGUGGACAUCCGGAGUCCCGGUGAUCUUAUGACUCUUACAGCAGCAGCUGCUACAGCUUUGCGAGGAGAAUCUGCGUUGAAAACAAGACUACCAAAAGAAGCAAGAAAGAAUGCUGCAAUUAGUCCCUAUGAUAAAGGAAUGGGUGAAAGUCCUUCGGUUGGUGCUUUUUAUAGUAAAGUGGAAGAGCAGCAAGAUCCUCCCUGUGUUGGAGAGCUACUGCAACUUACAGGAAAAGGUGUUUUACAAUGGAAGCAUGUCUCUGUGUACAUCAACAAUAAAUCUCAGGUCGUAGUUAAACUCAAACGUAAGCACGUUGGAGGAGCCUUCUCCAAGAGGAAGAAAUGUGUUGUUUAUGGAGUCUGUGAUGAGACUUCUGCCUGGCCAUACAAAAAAGAAAGGGGAAUUUCAGAGCAGGUCUAUUUCGGUCUCAAAACCGGACAGGGUCUACUGGAAUUCAAGUGCAAGAACAAGGUCCAUAAGCAAAAAUGGGUUGAUGGGAUCAAAAGCCUUGUUCGCCGAGUCAGCUACAUUGAUGAAGCUGAGCACUCUUUGGGAUUUUUAAGUAUAAGUAAUAGUAUAUGAUUCACUUCGUCACUUGUACAAGUUACCACAAAUAAAACUUUUACUAUGCAGUAUACUUCUUUUACAAGCAAGAAGGAAUAUUAGGUUUUGAACAAUUCAUUGUUCUUAUAGGUUACAAGAUGGCGAAUUUUGUGGUCGGAUAUGAGUGUUUGUGCAUGGUGCCAUCAGAAAUUGUUCGUUUUCUAUAUGAAAUCCAGAAAGUUUAUUUCAAAA